ACCCGCGAAAAUAAACAUAAUGAAUAACUCAACGAACUGUGAUAAAGGACGGAGACAGAGCGAGCGGUACAACUGAUUACGAAAACAAAGCGAGUUAAGAGAUUCUUUGUGAAAAGGGAUAUCAAUUUUAACUGUUUAUUUAGGAAGAAAUUAGGCUGUAAAGAUGAAAGUGGAUUGAAAUCCUUGGAUACUGAUAUUCUACGACAGUUUGCCAGAAGAUGAACUCCCGACUGGUGGCCAAAAAUCUGGCCCGCUUCAAGGUGGUCACGUUCGAUGUAACCGAUACCCUGUUAAAAUUCUCGCGACCACCGGAGGUUCAGUACGCGUUGGUGGCUCGCCGGCAUGGAUACGCCGACGUAGACGAGCGCGCUCUGGCUCGCUGUUUCCGGUCCAACUUUCAGCGGAUGGCACGUGACCACCCCAACUUUGGUAAGUGCUCCUCGUCAGGAAAUCGUGACUGGCGGUGGUGGUGGCAAACGCUGGUGGUGGACAUAUUUCAUGAAUCUCACUCGCACCUUGAUCGUACGAAACUGCAAGCGAUCGCGGAACAGUUGGUCGCAGACUACCAAACGAGCGAUUGCUGGGCGAAGAUUGAUCAGGCCGACGACAUUAUUCGGCUGUUUCGUGCCCAUUCGAAAGAGGUCGGGAUCAUAUCCAACUUUGACCCGCGACUAUCGGUGAUAAUCGAGAGCAUGGCGCUGCCCACGGUGGAUUUUAUCGUUACGAGCUACGAAGCCGGUGUCCAGAAGCCAAGCAGACAGAUAUUUGACCUCGCGUUGAGCAUGUGCCGGGCGAAUGUUUUGUCCGGCGAGGCGUUGCACAUAGGAAAUACUCCAAUGUUGGACUAUUUGGGUGCCAAACAGGCCGGCUGGUCGAGCGUUCUAGUCAACGUCGAUGAACAGGGAGUUUCUCUACAAAAAGACAUCAACCAAAAGCACGUGUUUAAAAAUUUUCGAGAAUUUAUUCACGUGCUAGAGACGAUAGAGAUUGAUUGGUGAUUAUUCUUUGUUUUGGAUAGUUGUAUUUUUAUGAUAAAUAUAAUGUUAUCAAAUUGUGUACAUAUAAGUUAGUAAUUUGCUAAAUAAAUAUCAAACAACAAUACACGGUUAA